AAUGAUUUAUGUUUUGAAGAAUCCUCUAAAAGACCAUAUCCUUCUAAUCAAUCAUUCCCUUCGGUUUCUAAUGUAAAUUCACAACCUACAACUACUCCAAUUACAAUUGUUGAAUUGAAAGAUCUUCCAAGAGACCUGGGUGUUAGACCAAAGAUUACAAGUUACAAUCCAAAUCAAAGAGAUGAAAUAAGGAGGGCAUAUUUGCUUCAAGGACCUUGUCGACCAAGUGGUCAUACAUUCCCUUCAAAGAAAAUAGGUUCAAAAGAAAGACGUUUUGUUAUUAAGUGGUUUGAUGACUUUGAUUGGUUAGAAUAUAGCAUAAAAGAGAACAAAGCAUUUUGUUUAUUUUGCUAUGUAUGUGGAAACAUGUUGGGAAAACAACAUAAGAGAGAUGCAUUUGUUUCACAAGGUUUUGAUCGUUAGAAUAAAAGACAGUCAUUAAGAGAUCAUAUGGGUGGUAUUGAUAGUUUUCAUGACAAAGCAAAAGAAAAUUGUGAAUUUUUAUUGAAAGAAAAACAAUCUAUUAGUGCAGCCUUCAAGAAGCAAACCAAGAUUGAGGAGAGUAAUUAUAAACUUCGUUUAGGUGCUUCAAUUUGGUGUUGUAAAUUUUUAUUGAAAAAUGGUUUACCAUUUCGGGUUCAUGAUGAGUCGAGUGACUCUCUUAAUAGAGGGCUUUUCAUGGAGUUAUUAUCUUUCUUAAGAGACCAUAAUGAAGGCAUUCACAAUGUUACCUUAGAAAAUGCUCCUCAAGAUAAUCAAGUGACGUGCUCGAGGACUCAAAAGCAAAUUGUUGAAUGCUUUUCAACAGAUAUAGUUGUAGAUAUUUGCAAAGAAAUUGGUAAAGAUGUGUUUUCUUUAUUGGUUGAUGAAUCUAGGGAUGUAUCAAAAAAAGAACAAAUGACCAUAGUUUUGUGGUAUGUCGACAAUUUUGGAGUAAUAAAGGAAAGAUUCAUUGGAGUGGUGCAUGUGAAGGAUACAUCCUCUUUGACUCCUAAAGCUGCCAUAGAUGAUGUUUUUACUCGUAAAAGUUUGAGUGUGUCCCAGGUAAGAGGACAAGGUUACGAUGGGGCAAGCAAUAUGCGAAGGGCAUUUAAUUGUCUAAAAGCUUUGAUUUUACAAGAAAAUGAUUCAGUGCAUUAUGUGCAUUGCUUUCCACACCAACUUCAGUUAGUUAUUGUGGGUGUAGCAAAGAAGCAUGAUGGUGUGGACGAUUUCUUUGAGCAACUUUCUUUGGUGGUUAAUGUGGUAGCUGGAUCAUGUAAAAGACAAGACAUGCUACGGGAAAGUCAAAGAUAAAGGGUGCAAUUGUCAAUUGGAAAUGGUGAACUUGCAACUGGAAGAGGGUUAAAUCAAGAGAGCUCGCUUAUUCGAGUGGGAGAUACAAGAUGGGGUUCACAUUUCAAAACCAUCACAAGUUUGAUGAACUUAUUUUCGGAGGUUCGUCAUGUUCUUGUUUAUGUCGAAGAGGAAGGAUCCACUUUAAGUAACCGAAAUCAAGCAUUUGGUAUCUUAAAAUAUUUCAAGACAUUAGAUUUCGUGUUAUACUUACAUUUUAUGCAUGAAAUUUUACAUCUCACAAACGUAUUCUCAAAGCAUCUUCAAAAAAAUGAUCAAGAUAUAUUAUAAGCGGCUUCUUUGGUUAGAGGGACAAUGGACGCAUUGAUGUCUUUGAGAGACACGAGGUUUGCCAAACUUUUAUCAAAGGUAUUCUCUUUUUGUCAAAAACGUGAUAUUAAUAUUGUGGAGAUGACGGAAAAUUAUGUCACAUCAAGAGGCCGUAAGACUAAAGUUACGAAUCAAUUUCAAUUUGAAGUUGAAAUUUUCAACACCGUCAUGGAUAUGCAAAUUAUAGAAUUCGGGGACCGAUUUAGUGAAUUUAGCACCCGAUUACUAGAAUACAUGGGGGCUUUGAGUCCAUGUGAUUCAUUUGCUAAAUUUGACAAAACAAAGUAGUUAAAGUUGAUGGAGUUGUACAAAAAAGAUUUUGAUGAUGUGGAGAGGAUGUAACUUGAUGGUGAACUUGAAAUAUACUAUCACACUUUACAUAAAGAUGACUGGUUCCCUAGUUUGCAAGGAAUUUCCGACAUUUCUUGUUUGAUGGUGGAAACGGGAAAACAUCGAUCGUAUCCUAUGGUUUAUAGGUUUUUGAAGUUGGUUUUGGUUUUACCCGUUGCAACCGCAACAGUCGAAAGAUGUUUUCAGCAAUGAAGUUGUUAAAGACGGAUUUGCGUAACAAAAUAGGUGAUGAUUUUUUGAAUGAUGUCAUGAUUUCUUAUGUUAAAAAAGAAGCACUUAUGAAAGUGAAGAUCGAAGAUGUAAUGGAUCGGUUUCAAAAAAUAUGUACCCAUAGAUGUCAAAUUUAAAUAUUAAGAUAUAAUGGAUCGGUUUG